AUCUACAUUGCAUGUGAAUCCAUUUCGUAAUGCACAUUUCUUGAUAACUUUACCCAUCUAUUUAUCAAUUCCACCGUGAUAAAACAUCAUAAUCCGCUGCGAAGAUAUCAGAAGCCAACGUGGCUAACCCAGAUAGCGUAGAACAGGUCCGGAUCAGGGAUCCGAGUAUGGCCAGUGCUGUGGUAUUGGCCGGCCUUGGCCUAGCUGCUGUUGGCUUUGCUGGACGCUACGCUUUCCGCUAUGGCCGAUUAGCUCAGCAGACCAUUGAGAAACAAAUGGGUGCUCUACCUACAAUGGCCGGAUCCAAGUAUUACAAAGGUGGAUUUGAUCCGAAAAUGAGUAAACGAGAGGCAUCCCUAGUACUUGGAAUUAGUCCAUCAUCAAGUAAACAAAAAAUCAAGGAUUCACACAAAAAGAUUAUGUUAUUGAACCACCCAGAUAGAGGAGGCUCCCCCUAUCUUGCAGCUAAGAUUAACGAAGCAAAAGAUUAUAUGGACAGUCAAAAACCGUGAAAAUGACUCCCGUUGAAAAUCUUUUUUCGAGUAAAUGAGACGCAUUUAUGGACACUCACAACUGGAAUAUGACCAGGAUUUGAAUUUUCACACCCUUCAUUGAGCAGGUGUGUUAACUUUAUACUUGGGUAUGAAUCGCAGCCUGCUCUCGAUGAUAGGUAAUCCAGGGUAUGUGAUGGUCAUUCUUUUUGAAGUUAGUAAUUUUGUAUGGUCCAUUCAACUCACAAAGAACAAUUUCUGUGUUUUCUCAAAUCUGAGAGUCCAGUUUCUCUCUGUACUUGUAAAUAAUGUAUUUAAUAAAUAAAUUUAAAG